AUGGAAGGAGUUUCUGCUAGGAUGUACACGAAGAUGAAAGGAUACUGGAGGAGGAGAGGGUACGAGAGGAUAAAUGGGUCGGGUAGGAGUCGGAGGAAUCGGCCGGUGGAGCUGGGUUCGGGUAGUACUAGUUCAAGGAGGAGGAGAUUUAGUUGGCGGAUCAAGAUCAAGCCGAAGCUUAAAAUCCUCAAAAUGUCUUCUCCAAAGAAGUUUUUUGUUUGGCUGCGGGAUGCCUACGUGAAGUUGAUGCUUGGGUUUGCUAGUUCCAGGGCGAUAGGUACUUCAGGGUACGGUGAUACAUUUGGUGCUUUAGGUGCACGCCCAAUCAAGGAAUAUGAUGAGAAGAUGAUCAUUGAGAUCUACAAGUCGUUGGUGAUUGCACAGGGUCAGUUGGCUCAGGGUCAGUUGGUGCCACCCGAUGCAGCCAGGUUUGGUCCCAUGUCUAAACUUACUGCUAUUGUGGAAUAG